UUUGACAUCUAAAUGGGUGUCCAGCAGCUUCUCUCUGCAGUUUUUUAUUUGUUUGAAUGCAAAUCUAAAUUCAACCAAGCAAAAAUUGGUAUUUCAUUUUUUUUUUUUUGGGGGGCUAAAGUUGGGUAUAGAUAAAUCUAGUAUUGUUUUUGUUUCUUAAUUGGGCUUCCAAAGAUAUGGCAGCAGCAUUUGUUGCAGGGAAUGUUGUGGGGGCAGCAUUUGGAGAGGGAUUUGCUAUUUUGCAUGACACAGUUAAGAAUGUUGUAGGCCAAGCCAUUGUGUUCAAAUCCAAUCUUGAAGACUUAAAAUCCACGCUAGAUGGUGUAGCACCAGUGGUCCGAGAAAUAAAAGAAUUAAGCCUAGCUCUUAACCGCCCAGAAACGGACACAAAGGUCUUGAUCGAACAAAUGGACAAGGGCACGAAGCUGGUUCUCAAGUGCUCCAAAAUCAAGCGUUGGAGUUGGAACUACUGUUUUAGAGCCUACUAUUAUGCAGGCAAACUUAAGGAGUUGAACGAUGCCAUUGAAAAGUUCUGCCGGGUUAAUUUGAUAGUACAGAACACAAGGACUGGGUUGGAGACUUUGACCAAGCUGAACCUUGUUUUGGACGUGAGGAAGAAAUAUGGAGUAGGAUCACUGUCUUGUGCGGUGCCUAGACCCCGGGAUUUUAUCGUUGGGUUUGAUUUGCAUUUGAAGGAGUUGAAGACGACGCUGUUUAAGAAAGAGGUGUCUCUGCUUCUAUUGGCUGCUCCUGCAGGUUGCGGAAAGACCACAUUGGUGGGAAUGCUUUGUUGGGACCCGGAGAUUAAAGGCAAAUUUGUGGACAAUAUAUUUUUUGUCAACGUUUCAAAAAAUCCCAACCUGAAGGUCAUUGUACAAAAACUAUUUAGCCAUAAGAGUGAUGAGCGGCUUGAGUUUCUAAGUGAUGAAGAUGCAAUCAACCAGCUGGAACACUUGUUCAAUCAAAUUGGACCAACUCCUAUAUUGUUGAUCUUGGAUGAUGUCUGGCCUGGAUCAGAAUCCCUUAUUGAGAAGUUCAAAUUUGAUAUUCCAGAUUACAAGAUUAUGGUGACUUCAAGAACUGCAUUUCCCAGAUUUAACUCAAAGUAUAACUUAGAGCCAUUAGAUCAUGAAGAUGCAAUGAGUCUUUUUCGUCACCACUCAGCAUACUUGCAAGAUGAAAGCUCUUACAUUCCAGAAGAAUAUAUUGAAAAGAUAGUAAGAAGCUGUGGGGGGUUUCCAAUAGCUCUUGAAGUGAUUGGUGGUUUAUUCCGUGGGCGGCCUGCUGAGUUUUGGCGCAGUACAGUAAUGAAAUGGUCUGAUGAUCAUUCUAUUUUUGACUCUGAUACUGAGGUGCUGCUUGCUUGUCUCCAAAAAAGCCUAGAAUUUUCUACUGACAAGGUCAUCAUCAAAGAGUAUUUCAUGGAUCUAGCUUCAUUUCCCGAAGACCUAAUGAUCCCUGCUACUGCCCUCAUUGAUAUGUGGACAGAAUUAUAUGAACCAAACAAGGAUGAUGUCUAUGCUAUUGCCAAUUUGCAUGAACUCACAACUCGAAAUUUGGUUAGUCGUGUAAUGACAAGGAAAAAUGCAAGUGAGGUUGACAAUUAUUACAAUGAAGACUUUGUCAAACAACAUAAUCUUCUUAGAGACCUAGCUAUCCAUAUGAGCAGCAGGGAUUCAAUAAUAGAAAGGAAAAGACUGAUUGUGGACAUAGGUGGAAACAAUCUGCUAGAGUGGUGGAUGGAACAAAAGCAACAACUCAUAAAUGCACGCUUAUUAUCUAUAUCAACUGAUGAAUUAUUUUCGUCGAGUUGGUGCAACAUUCUAGCACCCGAUGUUGAGGUUUUAGUUCUGAAUUUUCAAACAAGGAGUUACACCUUACCUGACUUUGUGGAGAAAAUGGUUAGAAUCAAGGUUAUAAUUGUCACAAAUUAUGGUUUCUUUCAUGCUGAAUUAAAUAAUUUCCAAUUGCUCAAGUCCCUCCCCAAUCUAAAGAGAAUUAGAUUAGAAAAGAUUUCAAUUCCUUCCUUUUGCAACACCCCUGUACCGUUGAGGAGUUUGAAAAAAUUAUCCUUAUUUAUGUGUAAUAUUGGUCAAGCUUUUGGGAAUUCUACUUUAAAAGUUUCAGAUUCAUUGCCAAAUCUCAUGGAGAUAAACAUUGACUAUUGCAAUGAUUUGUUAGAAUUGCCUGCAUGGUUGCAUGAGGUUCUCCACCUAAGAAAACUCAGCAUCAGCAAUUGUCAUAAGCUGUCUGCAUUGCCUGAAGGAAUUGGAGAGUUGGUGAAUCUAGAAGUACUGAGGCUUAGAUCCUGUACCGAGUUAUCAGAGUUGCCAGAGUCAAUUAGAAGUCUUCAUAAGUUAAGCCUUCUUGACAUGUCCGAUUGCCUAGGCAUUAUCAAGUUGCCAAAACACAUUGGUGAUUUGCAUAAUUUAAAAGAGCUACACAUGAUAGGGUGCUUGAGAUUGCAUAAUCAGUUACCACUAUCAACAAUAGAUCUCAAGCAAUUGAAGCUUGUGGUAUGUGACGAAGAGAGGGCCAAGUUAUGGGAGCCUAUCAAGGAAUUCCUCUCCGAUCUAAAAGUAAUGGUAGUUAAGGAAGAUAUCAACUUGAAUUGGCUUCCCAAUUCAUGAAUUCUGAUAAUUGUUUCUUCUUGGAAAAUUUUGUAGAUUUUAUUAUCUUAGAUUUUUCUCUUCUAUUCUUUGUUCCUUUUUCAUUUUUCUUCAGUAAAUAUCACGAAAUAAGUGGCUUAGUACACUAGACAAAGGAAUAUUUUUUGCAGAGUUGCAAUUGCAGAUAUGAUGAUUUAUCCCUAAAAAGUAUUGGGAA